UACAACACUGCACCCUGAGGCGGCCCUCGAUUGAGAAUCGUCUUGCGCGUCAACAUCUCGGCAACCUUUUGCCAGAAGUCCUCCAGAGAGGGGCUGCAACCUCCCUCAACCCCCGGGCCAAGCCCCCGUUUCUUAAUUCUCUCAUCCGUUCCCUUUCCCUUCCCUUCCUUUUCCCUUUCUCUCCGAGAAUUCAUUGUAUCAUACCUAUCGUACAUUCUCCCUCAAUUCCUCCUUCUUUUCCGGUGUCUCUCGUUCACUGGAUAAACAUUGCACCUUCGCUCUCUGCCCUCUAUCACUCCUUCACCGCUGCCCUCCUUCUCACCCGUCCCCGAGCCAAGGCGGUUUCAUCAACGCUUGCUCUUCACCCGCUUUCUUGGCCCUGUCGUCACUUCUCUUGGCCAACCCCUGAGUGCGUCAAUCGAACUUCCCAAUUUACACGUCUUCCAACUGACAGGACGGACCCAAUUUCCCACCAAUAAGAAAUAUUUGGUGGGCUAAGACAAACAAUUAUGUGGGUCCGAUCGCUCGCUUCGGCGGCUCUCAUGGCCGGUUCUCUCCUUUCCACCGCCUCUGCCGCAGAUCUUGAUCCUAUUGUUAUCAAAGGGAGUAGUGAGUAUUGGGAUUCCGGGUUUGGCCUUUUGUCGUGAAGGAUUUGGGACUGAUUUCGGUUUAGAAUUUUUCUUCAAGUCUAAUGGCACUCAAUUGUGAGUGUUUUGAGCUGUUCCCUUCUCAUGGUGGAUGGGACUGACAAUUGAAUAUAGCUUCAUGAAGGGUGUUGCCUAUCAGGCCAGCCCUACGAACAGCACUUCUGGAACUUUUAUAGAUCCGCUGGCGGAUGAGGCUGGAUGCAAGCGGGACAUUCCCUUGCUCCAGGAGCUUGGCACGAAUACAAUUCGUGUCUAUGCCAUCAAUACCACCUCGGACCAUUCGGCCUGCAUGAAAUUGCUGAACGAUGCUGGAAUUUACGUGGUCAGUGAUUUGUCUGAGCCGACAUUGUCCAUCAACCGCAAUUCUCCUGAAUGGGACGACAGGAUUUUCGAACGUUAUACCUCGGUCGUCGAUGCGCUAGCCCCCUACGCCAACAUUCUGGGAUUCUUUGCGGGUAACGAGGUUUCCAACGAGGCGAACAACACCAAUGCGUCGCCUUUUGUCAAAGCGGCCAUUCGUGAUAUGAAAGCCUACAUCAAGAAAUCUAACUAUCGCGCCAUCCCCGUUGGAUAUGCCACCAACGACGAUCAAAAAAUCAGAUCCGAGCUCGCGGAUUACUUUAACUGUGGCAGCAGUAGUGAAUCGGCCGACUUCUGGGGCUAUAACAUCUACUCCUGGUGCGGUAACAGCUCAUACACAGAGUCCGGCUACGAUCAGCGCACCAAGGAAUUUGAGAACUACAGCAUCCCCUCUUUCUUUGCUGAGUAUGGGUGCAAUGUGAGCUCGGUUGGGAUUCAUAUCUUGUGCAUGUUAGACUGACGUGAAUGUAGGUGGUUCAACCCCGAGUGUUCACCGAGGUCGGGGCUCUCUAUGGUUCCCAGAUGACGCCCAUCUUUUCGGGAGGAAUUGUUUACAUGUACCACCAGGAAGCUAAUGAUUAUGGUGUUUCCCGAUGACUCUUUCAUACAUUGCCGUCGUCUCUGCUAACUUCUCCAAAGGUCUGGUUGAAAUUGGCGGCGGUGGGACAGCUACGAAGUUGGUUGACUACAACAAUCUCAAGUCCGAGCUCGCAAAGGUCUCCCCGAGCGGUGUUCAGAGCAAUAGCUAUAAUCCAACGAAUACUGCUGCUCGCCCCUGCCCAACCGCCGAUUCUAACUGGUCAGCCUCGACCGUGCUCCCACCAACCCCUAACAGGGAGCUCUGCUCAUGCAUGGUAUCGUCUCUGGGUUGUGUUGCCGCCACAAAAGUGCAAGAGAAGGACACGGGAGAAUUGUUCAACUACAUUUGCGGAGAGGCUAAGACCGAUUGCACUGGAAUCACCGCCAAUGGCACUACAGGAGAGUAUGGCGCAUAUUCCAUGUGCAGCCCUCUUGAACGUGUUUCUUGGGCUAUGAAUGCCGUACGUGCAUUACCUUUGGCUAUGGCGCCCUGAAGCCUGCUAAUGAGUGGACGAGAAACAGUACUAUACAAAACAAAAGAAAGCCUCGGAUUCUUGCGACUUUGACGGAAGCGCAAAGACUCAAACCCCGGCCACUGCCUCGGGCACUUGCAAAUCCCUCCUCUCUGAGGCCGGAGGAACUGCAGGAACUGGCACCGUCACAUCCUCACCCAAUAGCUCGGGAACCGGAACCAAGGGGGCAGCUGUCGGUCUCACUAUUCCAGCGUUUCAGGUUGGUGCCGUCAAGAUCGGUGCUGGGUUGUUUGCGGCCGCUCUGGGUGGUGCAGCCUUAGUUUUUGUAUAGAUUAUAGUCCUUUCCCCCUCUCAAAAUAGGCGGUGAAUACCAGGUCCUAAUGUUUCCUUUCUUUCUUUCUUUCUUUUUCUAUAUAUUUGCCUGCAGAGGCAUCAGGGUUUGUCGGGGGACGAAGGCCAUGUAAAAAGAAAAGAAGGAAAAAAAAGCGGGGUUGAGCUGGACCUUGGUACGGGACGGGAACUAGACUGAGAUGUUCAGAGGCCAAAGCGGGCAAAACUAAUGAUCUGCGUUUGGUAGGGUAGGGUAGGGUAGUUUUUGCUUGAACAGUUUGUUUUGAUUCUUUUCACCAUACGAUAUCUUUGUAGGCUAAGGCUGAAUAAUGCACUUUACAAUAAUGUCAUUUGAAACGUGCAGUCCCGUAUUGCACUUUUCCGGAUAUCCGGGGCGACCAUUGGAUACCGGUAUGAUGCAGCGCUCAAUUGGAUGGAAAUCUAUGGACAGCUCGAGAGACAGCUCUCAGCAGCCCUAUCUUCCGAGCACAAGCUGCCGCCGCAAGAGCUGAGCACUGACGUCAACCCAAUGACGAGCGAGAAUGGAGGUGAGCAAUCUCGCGGCGGCGAGGUUGCAGCAAUGCAGGCGCGAAUGUGA